AUUUGGAAUGUUUUUCAUUGUUUGCGAGCUUUGAACUUCGUUUCUUUAAUUUAAUUGCCACUUGCAAUAUUUGCUUGUCUCAAUUCCUCGUUUUUCUUUUCUUUUCUUACCCCCCAAAACGAAAAAAAAAAUUAUAAAUUCCAUGUUAAAAUCGUACUUCUCAUCUGCCAGAUUCAAACUCCAUGAUUCAUCUUCUUGAAUUGAAUAUAUAUUUAGGCAUAGCUCUUCUGCAACCCUUUUGAUUAAAUCCUUUUCUCUCUCUUAUGUUUUCUUCGGGAUUUAUUUUUGGGGUUGCCGUGGAGCUGGGUAGAAAACGUCUGAGAGUUCACUUUUUGCCCGUCUGCACUUUUUUUUUUUCCCCUUUUUUGACUCGGGAUUCCUGAAUCGGAACAGAUGUGUUUGUGAAUGUGGACGAGGUUUGAACAAAAUGGUUGUGAAGACAUUCGGCUGAAACCCACUUAUUCACUGUUGGUUAAUACAGCAUACACAGUUAGGUGGAGGUGUUGGAAUUGGAAGAGUUGUAUAGUUUGGUGUUCAAACAUGGGUUACAUUUGUGAUUUCUGUGGAGAACAGAGAUCCAUAGUGUAUUGUAGGUCUGAUGCUGCUAGCUUGUGUCUGUCAUGUGAUCGGCAUGUCCAUUCUGCUAAUGCGCUUUCCAAGCGCCAUUCCAGGACCCUUUUAUGUGAAAGAUGCAAUUCUCAACCUGCAUUUGUUAGAUGUAUCGAAGAGAAGAUCUCUCUUUGUCAAAAUUGUGAUUGGACUGGCCAUGGUGGAUCUACUUCCACUUCAUCACAUAAGAGGGAAACUAUCAAUUGUUACUCAGGCUGCCCUUCAUCUGAGGCGCUUUCUACAAUGUGGCCAUUUGUUUUAGAUUUGCCUUCUACAGGCAAUUCCACUUGUGAGCAGGGUUUGAGUUUAAUGUGCCUCAACGAGACCAGUGAGAUGAACUCUUGGGGCCCUCCAGGAAAUAGCAGUAGGCAAGACGCAUCUCUCACAGUUGAAGUGAAUGAUGCUAAUGAUGUGGAUAAGUCGAGCAUAUUGAUUGGUUCCUCUUCAGUUAUUGAACUCAACUCUCCAUCCCAAAAGUUAGACCAGCCAUCUGGAUCUGCUGAUUUAACUUUGCCUAAGUUACUCUGUCCUGGAACAGAUGAUCUUGGGUUCUGUGAAGAUGAUAGUCUGUAUGAGGACUUCAAUAUGGAUGAAGUUGACUUGAAUCUUGAGAACUAUGAAGAACUCUUUGGUGUAGCUCUUAGCCACUCUGAACAGCUUUUUGAGAAUGGUGGAAUUGAUAGCUUGUUUGGGAAUAUGGACACAUCCGGUGCUGAUUCCCACUGUCAGGGUGCAGUUAUAGCUGAGGGGUCAGUCGGACUAGCAAAUGCAGUGCAGCCAACUUACAGCAAUGCAGCAUCUGCUGAUUCCAUAAUGAGCUCUAAAACUGAACCAAUCCUUUGUUUCACGGGAAAGCAAGCCCAUUCCAGCCUGUCAUUUUCUGGCCUCACUGGCGAGAGUAGUGCAGGAGACUAUCAAGAUUGUGGGGCUUCUCCAACAUUUCUCAUGGGGGAACCUCCAUGGUGUCCCCCAGGACCUGAAAGCUCCUUGCCAUCAACUAGCAGGAGUAGUGCUGUUAUGCGUUACCGGGAAAAGAAGAAGAAUCGCAAAUUUGAUAAAAGAGUGAGGUAUGCUUCACGGAAGGCAAGGGCUGAUGUUAGACAGCGUGUGAAGGGGCGCUUUGUCAAGGCUGGUGAAGCUUAUGACUAUGACCCAAUAAGCGAAACCCGGAGCUUCUGAGAUUACAAUCUUCAAUCAUACUUAAAAAGGAGAGAAACACCCCAAAUCUCAAACCUGGGAAGAAUUGGUUAAGAUUGCUUGUGACAUGGAUAAAAUCGAUGCAUGAUUUUCCUGCACAAUGAAAUAUGAUUGGGGCCUUGGGUUGUCAACUUGUUAUCAGUAGAAAUGGGUGGAUCAACAAAUUCAGAGCCAGGAAUGUAAUUCUCCUGACCCCGAAAGAACCAAUGGAUCUUGAGAUCGUGACAUCUGAUAAAAGAUGAGGCAAUGGCUUUUCACUUACCUUCCCAUGUCCUAUGACAUGCUGAACUUUUUCAGGGAAAGGAGAGUGCUUACUGUUUCUCCAGUCUUCUAUUUUUUCCUGUUUUUGUUACUUCCAUGAACUAGCUUCCUGUGAGUUGCUAAUAGGCCAGACAAAGCUUGCAUUCGUACUUUUUGUAUUUGUAUAGCGUAGGAGCAGUGUAUAUGCAGGUGGGUUAUACAGUUCGCAGGGGGUUGUACAGCAGAUGGUAAUUAUAUAUGCCGUUGAAAAUUGAGACAUUAUCGCUUGAGUAACUUAAUAUAAGAUGGGAUAUUUUAGCUCUU